AUGAAGGCUUUGGAGUUCCCGCUAGCGGAGAUACCGAUUCCAUUCAAGUACCAGUUGGCGGCCAAGCGAAACAGGCCUCUUGGAAAUAGCAAGCGCCGGCACGAUGUUGAUGGGGGUGCGGAUCGGAAGCGGAUGAAGAUAUGUCUGGAUGAUAUGCAGGAUGGAGUUGGGCGUACUCCCAGUAGUCUGGAGGUAUUGGUGCGGGCUACGAAUACUCCAAAUGAGACAGACAUUAAUGACAAGUCGUUGUGCUCGACUGAGGAUGGGACGUGUGACAAUAUUAGUAUGUUGUCAGCGCCUCCAACAGCAGUUGUGAGUAACACUUCAUCUAACCCAGCUGUAUCAACUAUUCCACCGACUAGUGUUGAUACAACAGGUGCAAACGCUAAUGUUGCAGUUUCUACACCGUCUACGGUGUCGAAUCCAAAAGUAACUACAGGUUUAGUAACUUCUGGUUCAGCUAAUGAAAGUAAUGUUAACAACUCCAUGGCUGUGGAUACUGCUGCAGAGAGUGGUAUAAUGUUAGAUGACGGGGCUCUACCGUUAUCACCAAUAGCGUCCACUCCAGGUUCAGCAUCCCCAAUACUCAAGUCUAUGGACCUCAUUGAAGAAUACAAAGAUAAAGAACGAGCUGAAACUGAGAGACUUCUGGCAACAAUCAAAGCCAGUCUAGGAGCAGUUAACAUGAACCACUUGAUUUAUAGUCUUCUAUCCGGAAUGCAUAGAAGCGAAUUAUCUGAUAUUUCAACGCUUUUGAGAGAUAAUCUUAAGAGAGAUUUUGUUACAUCUUUACCAUUGGAGAUUACCUUAAAGAUAUUAAACAAACUACCAUUUGAGUCGAUAAGCAAUUGUUUACAAGUAUCAAAAAGCUGGAACAGAUUGAUUAACGGAACACCGGCAUUAUGGAAGCAUCUAUUACUGUCAGAAAGUUUUGUCUCUAAGGAUUCGUUUGACAAAAAAUACCCUGUUGAGAAUAACAAGUUAGAUCCACCAUUUGAUAACGAUUCAAGAUAUCGCCAGGACUUUUUGAUGAAUUGCAGCAUAUUGCAAAACUGGUAUAAUCCUGAUUUUAUACCCCAAAGAACUACACUAAAAGGUCACAUGACCAGUGUUGUGACAUGCUUGCAGUUUGAAGAUAACUAUGUUAUUACUGGUGCCGACGACAAGAUGAUAAGAAUAUAUGAUUCCAUAACAAAGAAAUUUCUCAUUGAGCUAAGCGGGCAUGAUGGUGGUGUCUGGGCGUUAAAAUAUGCUGGAAACGGAAUUUUGGUUAGCGGGUCUACCGAUAGAAGCGUCCGGAUCUGGAAUAUUCAUUUAGGGAAAUGUACACAUGUCUUUAAAGGUCACACUUCAACUGUCAGAUGUUUGGACAUAGUUGAGCAUGAAGGUGUGAAGUACAUCGUUACUGGUUCUAGAGAUAAUACUCUGCAUAUAUGGAAAUUACCCCAGAUGAGCGAUAGUAAUAUAGACGAAGGUAUGCCAAACGUUUAUAGUAAUAACGGACCAUUAUUUUUCCACUCUCCAGAGGAAAACCCAUAUUUUGUUGGAGUAUUACGUGGGCAUAUUGCGUCUGUAAGAACUGUUUCUGGUCACGGAAGAAUUGUCAUAAGUGGUUCCUAUGACAAUAAUCUGAUCGUUUGGGAUAUCAUACAGAUGAAAUGUUUGUAUAUUUUAAUGGGGCAUACGGAUCGUAUUUAUUCUACAAUUUAUGACUAUAAGCGCAAUAGAUGCAUAUCCGCAAGUAUGGAUUCGACCAUCAAAAUAUGGGACUUGCAAAACAUUUGGAACAAUGGGGAAUGUGUAAAUGUUACAAACGCUACUGUUCCUUGUACAAAAAUAACUGGGCCAAUGAUGACACUACAAGGACAUACUGCUCUGGUAGGAUUAUUAAAGCUUUCUGACAAAUUCCUGGUAAGCGCAGCUGCAGAUGGUUCUUUGCGUGGUUGGGAUUCUUCUGAUUAUUCCCGUAAGUUUGCUUAUCAUCAUAAUAACCUGAGUGCUAUUACAACAUUUUACAUGACUGACAAUAUACUUGUGAGUGGAUCUGAAGGUCAAUUUAACAUUUAUAACUUAAGGACAGGUAAAUUGAUUCACUCUAAUAUACUCAAUGAUGCAGAUCAAAUAUGGUCCGUUAAUUUCAAGGGUAAUAUUUUGGUAGCUGCUGUUGAGAAGGAUGGACAAAGUUUUGUUGAAAUUUUAGAUUUUUCAAAGAAACAAGUUACGUUCUCAUCCGCAUUGCACAAUGAGAAUCAAGUUGAGUGUGUAACUGAUUCUAGUUCUUCGUCUUUACCUUCGGCAGACCUGUCUACUUCGUUGCCUGAUAGACCGUAUAGCUCCGGAAGCACCUAUAGUUAUAGUUCAAAUGCUAUAGUCAGCUCAUCUGAAUAA